AUGGCCACACCCACAACCAGGCGCAAUCGAACCCUCGCCUCAUGUGAACCUUGCCGAGAGAGGAAAACUCGAUGCGAUCACGGCAAACCAGUCUGUGCCUCCUGCCGGCGUCGUGGCUUCGAUUCUCGGUGCUACUACCAUCCUGCCCCUCUGACUAAAAUUCGAAGUGCAAGUGCACAAAGACUGGCCGUGCCUACGCCAUCCCAACCAACCAUUGCUGCACCAUCAUGGAGCAGGUCCAGUGCAAUAUAUCCCGGACGCUCUGCGGCUGGACCGCCCAAAUUCCACACAUGGCCUUUUAUGUCGACCGUCUCUGACAGGGGGAACCUGCCAGACACUCCCUUGCCGGGCUCGCAUGACAGAAAGGCCUAUGAGGCCCACCUAGCGACCAUGAAGGAGAUUGUGUCUCAGUUAAGAUACCUUCCUGUCAUUGAAAAGUGCCUCCAUCAGUACUACUCCGCUAAGCAUAACUCACUUGUACCGAAACCAGUCGUUCUGCACCUUCUCAAUGCGCUCCGUACAGAUCUAGUAUCGUCGGGCUAUAUCCUUGAAGAAACGGGAGAUCGAGUUGAGUUGGGCGAUAUUUCGCGGUUAUCAGAAUCUAUAAUGCUUUCUUCCUCUACAGAGGUUAUCAUCACCGCAUCCUUGGACCUGCAUGGUUUCUUAGCCUUGUUCUCUGGUCCGAAUCUUCGAGUCGAGACUCUCGGUCUUUUGUACACUAUGGCUGCCCGUGCUUCGGCUUUUUUCAUUGACUGCGAUGAGGGUGAGGAUGCCGCAUUUGUCCCAGACAUGGUCUGGUAUAGCACGGUAAUCUUACGACUAGCUCGAGACCUUGCACCCCAGUCAAACGACGUCAUUAUAUGGUUGGCGAAUGAGAAUGGACAGCUCAGGUCAUACCUUGAAGGAGAUACGAGCCUCGGCGUGUGGCGUCUGGUGGGCGAUCUCUCGACCGAUUUAUUAGCUCUGGGCUUGAACAGGGAAGCGACAUAUUCCCCUGAGAGAACCCCGUUUUUUCUUGCAGAGUGCCGGAGAAGGUGCUUUGUGACUGAAUAUUACCUGGAGAAAAUGUUUGGCCUGAUAUUCAAUCUUCCUCCUCGCAUUACCUCUCGAUAUGUGGACGUCAAGCUCCCCCUUGAUUUGUCAGAUGACGAACUUUUUGCCCAAACUCCCCAGGAACUAGAGGAUGCAAAAGGUCGACUCACCGAAGAUGGCUGGAACACAGAUGGGAAGCUUAGAGCAGCAACCUGGGCUCGAUUGCGCUAUAUUCUGAGUCAGUUUCGGGAGGGAAUUGUGGAAUAUCAUUUUCAAGCAUCACAGGCCGCUGACCCUGCCCAGCUGAGAGAAUUGUCUUCUCGAUGUCGUCAGACGUGGGAUAACCUGCCUCCACAUUUAAGAUAUACUCAGGACUGUUGGGAAUCCGACAUGCCCUUGAGCACUUGUUACAUGCACGCAAAGGUUCAUCUAGCCUAUCUCCAAAUUCAUUUCCAGAUAUACCACCUUCUUGGGGAGAAUAGCUCGACUCCGCUUCCCGAGCUGCUGGACGUAUCGACAAACAUUCUGGAGACAGUGGUUCAGAUGGGAAAAACCCGCAGAAAGGGCGCCUUUACUUCGCAUGAUCUACCUGAAAUCCUUCUGGCCUGCGGCUUGCCGUCUGCGGCAGUCCUCCUAACUACACUAGAGAACAAUACGCAAGAUCCGUCAAGUAUCCUUACGCCUGGCAUAAAAACAUCAUCCGUCAUUCGCAAUGUUGCCGUCCUUACGUCGCAACUCGAAAGAGUGGCCAGUUCGCGGGAAAGAAAUCAAGCCUUCUGCUUGCAGGCGGCAAAGGCCAUCACGGAGAAAUUGGACAGGAUUUUGGACAAGCUUGCAACGUCAAAGUUUCAGGCUCGGACAAUUGCUCAUGUUGCGACAAGGGUUGACGUAAUAGACUCGAUGCCAACUCCGACCACUGAUCUUGACGCUUCCCUCACUGGUGGAGACAGUGCUGGAGAUGGGGAUAGAGAAAUUGGUACUUUUAAUCUGGAUGACUACGAGAAUCUCGAUCUAAUGUCUUGGGCAAUCGAUUUUGAUAUUGGAAGCAUGGCCAGCGAGUGGACAAUGAUGUAG